AUGAUCGAAACUGAUUGUCCAACAUGCAAAUAUCCAGUAAGCAACUCGAGAGACAAUCGCCUAGCAAUAGAUUUGCAAGAGCGAUUGCCAAAAUUUAACAACACCAUAUAUAUACCAAACUAUGGCAAUGUUCCGGUGACCAACGGCGAUUUGUCGUGGAUUAAUGGUCAUGUGAUGACAUUUGUGAUUGAAUGUGUUGGUUUGAUGAGGCCAUGUGCUAUUCGAAUAUGCAAUGGAAGUGUUUUUGAAGCAAAAGAAUUGAAGGAAUUGAUUGUCGCGGAAAAUGAUUUUCAACCUCUUAAAAAUCUCAAUAGGUUUUGCACGGAUUCGGUGGAAUUCGGACCCGAUCGCAUUUAUGUUGUCGUCAAGGACAAAUCGGAUGAAAUUGAGCGAUUUUCGGCGAAAACUGCUCAAGAUAAUUCGCAGGCGAUUUACGAUGAUAAUUCGCCGAAGAAUAUGUCGGCCAUGUGUUUUAAGAAGUACAAAGAGCAGAAUUAUAGAGCUUGCAUGACAGGACGAACAAUGUACGUUGUCCCUUAUUCUAUGGGCCUGAUUGGCGGUAGAUCAACAAUGUAUGGCGUCCAAAUAACCGAUGAUCCGAUAUUUGUGCUGAACUUGAGAACCACUUUUAGAGUCUCGUCGGCGGUUUGGCAUGCCAUCGGCACAUCGAAUUGUUUCAUCAAAGGCGCGCAUUCGAUCGGCUCGCCGCGACCAAUUGUGCGAAAGGUGCCAACACCAAAAUCGCACGAUCCUCACUGCUGCAUUGUGCACCAAUUGAACCUGCGCAAAAUCUGGGUGUUCGGUCCGACGUUUGGGCGAAGCGCGCGAUUCGCCAACACGAUCGCGGUUCGCGCCGUCGGCUUCAUCGGUUUGAAGGAGAAGACGCUCGCGUUGAACGCGGCGAUUCUCGAAAUUCGCAAUCCCGCCGGCGCAACGAUCAACGUUUGCUUUGCGUCGAGCGAGCCGCUCGAGCGUCUCGACCUCGCCAAACCCGCUCCGUCGUCGCUGGCCGAAUGGAGAAUCGAUGUGGUGGCGAGACGAAUCGCGUGGCUCAAAUGGCGAGACAAUAAGAUGUUUGCGAUUUCGCCGGAAAACGAGGAGAUGAAUAUGGUUCCGAUUGUCUCAUGCGCUGCAGAUUUAAUAGAAAACGAGAAGAAAAAACUGGAUAUAAUUGCAUUCAAUCCACAAUCAACUAAAUGGUCCUCGGAUUUGGGGGUCCCAAUUUCCGGAAUUGUGUUUGGCGAUCGUAGGUACGAUCGAGUGCCAAUCGUGUUUGAGGCCAACUCGUGGCAAGAAGGUGUCGUUCUGACGGCUGGCUACCGAUCACACGUUCAACCGAAAUCGGGCGCUUCUAAAGAAGCGAAACUCGACUUCGAGAACAAUCCAAUGGGAAUGCGCAACGAUAUCGGCUUCAAUUUUGGCAAAUUUGUGGAGCAUUGGCUUCAGAUGGGAUGCGUCGAUGAUGACAAAUGCAAGCCACCAUUGAUGUUUCACAUCAAUUUGUUUCAAGAAGACGACGGCAAACCGAUUUGGCCGUCUAGCGGCGAGAAUAUUCGAAUUUUCGAGUGGAUCUUCAAACGUUGUGCGGAUCCGUCGAAUUUGGCAAUUGCUGACGUAUCGGCGAUCGGAAAAACGCCAAAAGCGCUGAAUUUGGACGGAUUGGCGACAACCAUGAACACCGGCAACCUACUCAAAGUUGAUGUGCGAUUUUGGCUCGAGGAGCUCGCGCGAAUGCGCGCUUUCUUUAGCAAUCACAUAAGCGGAAACAAGCCGAAACAAGUCGAGCAGGUUCUUUUGGAAAUCUCGUCGAAACUUUGA